CUAGCUCAUUGGCCAUGUGUAUUGAUGCAAGAUGCUAUUGAACAAGAUCGAUUGGUGGCACAACAUUAUCUUUUACGAACUGCUUUCGCAACCAGAUCACCUCAAAUGUCACCCACUUCAUUUUCACCAGAACAACAUAGUCAUCAAUCCCCAGUCGUCUUGGAUGUAGGAUGUGGCCUUGGACAAUGGUGUAUGGAAAUGGCUACGACUUACCCACAUUCUACCUUUAUUGGUAUUGAUCUUCUUCCUAGUUAUCCCAAAGACAUCAAACCACGCAAUUGUCAUUUUCGUCAAGUCAAUGUACGACAUUUACCUUUACCUUUUCAAGACCAUAGUAUUGAUUUCAUCUUCCAACGUGAUUUAAAUUGGGGUUUGGCUCAAGAUGAAUGGCAUCCAUUGAUUAUGGAAUAUCUUCGUAUUCUGAAACCUGGUGGAUGGAUUGAAUUGGUGGAACCUGAUUUGGAAACCAAAAGUAGUCUGGAAAAAGAAUGUGCCAUGAAUGAUAAAUUGUUACAAGGAUUUAGGAUGCGACAACAAGAUCCUUAUGCGGCAAGAAAAUUACCUACUAUCUUAGCUGUUCAUGGAUUUCGAAGGGUGGAAAGUCAUUUUCAAUCUUUACCACUUGGUUGGGAACGAUUGACCAAUAGCAAGAAACAAAGUCAAGCCAUGGCAAGUCAAUAUUUAUUCUAUCUUCGAUCAUUAGGACCUUGGUUACGAAGAGUGAUGGGAUUCAGUCAGGCCAAGUACGUGGAAUAUGUCGAUCAAUUGCCUUCGGAAUGGGAACAAGCGAAAACUUAUGUCAAUUGGCAUUGUGCAACCGCCCAAAAACCAUAUGAAUCUUGAUUAUUAUUUUGAUGCAUGUAUGUAUGUAAGGAUUCACUAUAGAAAUAUUCUCCCUCCUUUUUUUUUUUUUUACCCUCAUUCUCUC